UAUUACUUGGCAAGGUUUUUAACGAGGCAAUUUCGAAGCGCACGGCUUAGACAAAUACUAUCGACAUGAAAUAUCCAAGGGGGAGUGUUGUAGUAUAUAUGAAACAUGUUGUAUUGUUCAUUAUAUAAAAUGUCUAUGUCAUGUAUAAGAUAAGUAUUUGAGUGAAUAGCAUAGGUAUAGUGACUUGUGAGUCAAGCUUUAUGCCAAUGGGGAACAAGUGUGGCAAUCAUCAUCACAAACCACAAUGUGGAGCUGCAAAUGGAGAUGCCACAAUGGAAGGCUACAAAUGAAGAUGCCAUCAAGUUGUAUCAUUAUUUACUUCAAAUGUAUCCCUAUAAAUACCUCCUAUUGAAUGAAAUGAAACACACACUUGAAUCUCUAUUCCCUCUCUCUCUCUGUCAAUUUUGCUUGUCCUUAAACAGUUUUCAUACACUUUACAUUCAUCUCUCAGUUUUAUUCAAUACCAAAGUUGCUGGGCUGUCAUUCCUUUUGUAUAUAUAGUUGUAUGAUCUUGAUGUUAUUAGUAUGCUUGUAUUAUAAGCGAGCAGUACUAUGUAUUGGACUUCCAGCUUAGUCUGAAUCGCUGAGUUUGUACAAAGAUCCCAUCUUUUCUAUCAGACGAUAUUGAAGAUGCUGAGAAGAAAAAGGACAAAUUAUAAGAGACAAUUACACAUAUAUGUAUAGUGGGCGUGUGACAUGUUGUUAUAUGUGUUACUAUGAUGAAAAUGAUGGAGUACAAUAGACCACUGGUGUGUGCAACCAUGCAGAUAAUUUCAGACAAGGAUCUGAGGGCGGCUGCAUUGCAAUUUUCAAGCAGCAGAAUAGAGGGCCUGAAAUGAUAUUUGCCCAAAUUACCCACAUCCUAAUGAAUGUGGGAGCAACUAAGCAGAAGAAAGGAAGAGGGGAAGAGGGCUAGAAUGGUAUUUCAAUCGUGAUACCAUUCAUUAGCUAAUAUGGUUGUUAUUAUUGUUCUGGAUAGUUUGACUGGUUCACUAUUCAUUAGCCGACAUGAUUUGUAUCGCCCUUUGUAGGUUGUAGCCUGUAGGUUGAUAUGUUUGCUUAUAAAGCAAUGCUUGCGUGGAAGUACAACAAAUUCAUCAUCCCAUUUCCAGCUGUGAUCUUAUCACUCAAGUGGGAAGCAUGGCUGAGGAGAAUCCUUCAGAUGGAGAUGUAAUCACCAAGCAAUACACUGCACCAAAUAGCCGCUCAGCAGUGGCGGGGGUUUCCAAAGAAUGUGAACAAAAUAUAAGCAAGAGCAAGGAGGAUGGAACAAAUACAGUACCAUAUUACAAGCUUUUCUCCUUUGCUGACUCCCUGGAUUACCUGUUAAUGUCUGUUGGUACAAUCAGCGCCAUUGGAAAUGGACUCUGUAUGCCUCUAAUGACCAUUGUCAUGGGAGAUGUGAUUGAUUCAUUUGGAGAAACUAGGAACAUCAAGGAAGUGUCUAAUGCAGUUUCCAAGGUGGCUUUGAAAUUCGUUUACUUGGCUCUGGGGGCUGCUGCUGCAUCAUUUCUACAGAUGUCUUGCUGGAUGAUCACUGGAGAGAGACAGGCUGCACGAAUACGAAGUUUAUACUUGAAAACCAUACUAAGGCAAGAUGUCGGCUUCUUUGAUCAAGAAAUCAACUCUGGGGAAAUUGUUGGAAGGAUGUCAGGUGAUACUGUGCUCAUUCAAGAGGCGAUGGGUGAGAAGGUAGGAAGUUUUAUCCAGUUAGUUGCAACGUUCAUAGGUGGCUUUGGUAUAGCAUUUUUUAAGGGAUCACUUCUCACCCUUGUCAUGAUAUCCUCUAUUCCCCCUCUAGUCUUAUCUACUGCUGUCCUGAACCAUUUCAUAGUCAAAUUGGCGUCCCAUGGACAAGCUGCAAAUUCAGGAGGAGCAAAUGUGGUAGAGGAGACAAUUAGUUCAAUAAGAACUGUUGCAUCAUUCACAGGGGAGAAGCAAGCUAUAUUUAACUAUAACUCCUCCUUAAGUAGAGCUUACAAGUCUGGUGUGCAAGAGGGUUGGGCAUCUGGUUUGGGUCUCGGUGUGGUUAUGCUUAUGGUAUUCUCUACUUUCGCUUUGGCUAUAUGGUUUGGCGGAAUAAUGAUACUUGAAAAAGGAUAUAAAGGAGGAGAUGUCAUCAAUGUGAUUAUGGCUGUGUUGCUUGGCUCAGUGUCGCUUGGGAAAGCAUCUCCUUGCAUUAGUGCAUUUGCUCCUGGACAAGCUGCAGCAUAUAAGAUGUUUGAGACAAUUAACAGAAAGCCGGAGAUAGAUGCAUACAAUACUAAUGGGCGGGUAUUACAAGAUAUUCGUGGAGACAUAGAACUGAGGGAUGUUUAUUUUAGCUACCCCGCAAGAAUGGAUGAGCAAAUAUUCCAUGGAUUUUGUCUCUCUAUACCUAGUGGUGCAACUGCUGCUUUGGUUGGACAGAGCGGAAGUGGUAAAUCAACUGUAAUCAGUUUGAUUGAGAGAUUUUAUGACCCACAGGCUGGUGAAGUUCUUAUUGACGGUGUCAAUCUCAAAGAGUUCCAGCUGAAAUGGAUCAGGCAGAAAAUAGGUCUUGUCAGCCAGGAACCUGUUUUGUUUACUUGCAGCAUUAGAGAUAAUAUUGGCUAUGGGAAGGAUGGUGCAACUACUGAAGAAAUAAGGGCUGCUGCUGAGCUUGCCAAUGCAGCUAAAUUCAUAGAUUUACUCCCUCAGGGAAUAGACACAGUAGUCGGUCAGCAUGGAACUCAGCUAUCUGGGGGACAAAAGCAAAGAGUUGCUAUAGCUAGAGCAAUUCUGAAGAACCCAAGAAUUCUACUUUUAGAUGAAGCCACAAGCGCUCUUGAUGCAGAAUCCGAACGAGUUGUGGAGGAGGCACUGGAUAGAAUUAUGGUGAACCGGACUACUGUCAUUGUAGCCCAUCGCCUGAGUACAGUAAGGAAUGCUGAUACCAUUGCUGUCAUACAUCGAGGAGUAAUUGUUGAGCAAGGACCGCAUUCAGAGCUAACUAAGGACCCUGAUGGUGCAUAUCACCAGCUUAUAAGGUUGCAAAAAAAUAUCACUGUGUCAAAACAUAGUGGUCUAGAUGUCCAGGAUUCUAUCUUACCCUUUGUAAGAGAGGAAUCAUCUCCAAGAAGAAAUAGUAUUCCUUCUGCAAGCGGUAUGCUUGAAACAGCACCUGUAGGGCCUGAUAUUCCUGCUACAGUUCUAUCAAAAGGGCAGCCAAAGUUUUCACUUGGCCAACUUGCUUACCUGAACAAGCCAGAGAUCCCAAUUAUAUUACUAGGGACAAUAGCUGCAUCAGUUAAUGGGGCAGUCUUCCCUGUUUUUGGGAGUUUACUGGCAAGUGUAAUCAAGACGUUCUUUGAGUCACCUCAUGAACUCCGUAAGGAUUCAAAGUUUUGGGCCUUAAUGUUUUUGGUUCUUGGAACGGCAUCUUUGUUGGCCAAUCCAUCAAGAGCAUACCUUUUUGCGGUGGCAGGAUGUAGGCUAAUAAGAAGAGUCCGAGCAAUGUGCUUUGAGAAGGUGGUUUAUAUGGAAGUAAGUUGGUUUGAUGAAGCUGAACACUCAAGUGGUGCAAUUGGUGCAAGGCUUUCUACGGAUGCAGCGUCUUUGAGAGGGCUCGUUGGAGAUGCUCUUGGUUUGGUUGUUCAGAAUACAGCAACUGCAAUUGCUGGGCUGAUCAUUGCUUUUGUUGCAGAUUGGCAACUGGCUCUUAUAAUCCUUGUUCUGUUACCUUUAUUAGGAGUAAAUGGAUAUAUUCAAGUCCAAUUCACGAAAGGAUUCAGUGCAGAUGCAAAGAAAAUGUAUGAAGAUGCGAGCCAAAUAGCCAAUGAUGCUGUGGGGAGUAUUCGGACACUUGCUUCCUUCUGUGCUGAAGAGAAGGUGAUUGAGUUGUACCAGAGAAAGUGUGAAGGCCCUAUUAAGAAUGGGAUAAGACAAGGGAUAGUUACUGGGAUAGGUUUUGGAUUAUCAUUCUUCUUACAGUUUUCAGUGUUUGCCUUAAGUUUUUAUACUGGAGGUCUACUUGUUUCAGCAGGAAAGACAACGUUCUCUGCUGUUUUCCAGGUAACUAUUCUCCUCUGCCUUGUGCUACAAACCUUUACUUACUAUAUUGGCAGCUGUUAUACAUAUACUCAUCCCUCGAGACUCUUUAGCAGUCCAUUGUUAACAGUUUUCUCUCCGCAGGUUUUCUUUGCUCUCACUAUGACUUCUAUCGGACUUGCUCAGUCGACCUCCCUGGCACCUGAUGUAAGUAAAGGAAAGGCUUCUGCUGCUUCAAUAUUCGCAAUACUUGACCGGCAAUCAGAAAUAGACUCUAGUGAUAACUCGGGGAUGACUGUAGAACACUUGAAGGGAGAAAUUGAAUUUCACCAUAUCAGUUUCAAGUAUCCUAGUAGACCUAAUGUGGAAAUUUUCAACAAUCUUUGCUUGACCAUUAGUCAUGGCAAGACAAUUGCUCUGGUUGGUGAAAGUGGAAGUGGGAAAUCAACAGUGAUAUCAUUGAUUCAAAGAUUUUACGACCCUAAUUCAGGUCACAUUACAUUGGAUGGAAUUGAGAUCCAGAAACUGCAAUUGAAAUGGUUGAGACAGCAAAUGGGGCUGGUGAGCCAGGAGCCUCUGCUGUUUAACGACACUAUCCGAGCCAACAUUGCAUAUGGAAAAGAUGGAGAGGCAACCGAGGCUGAAAUUAUAGCUGCAGCAGAACUGGCAAAUGCUCACAAGUUUAUUAGUAGUUUACAACAUGGUUAUGAUACAAUAGCAGGAGAGCGAGGAGUCCAACUGUCUGGUGGACAGAAGCAAAGAGUAGCUAUCGCGCGAGCUAUAAUGAAGGCACCAAAGAUAUUACUGCUAGAUGAAGCGACCAGUGCUCUUGAUGCUGAAUCCGAACGAGUGGUUCAAGAUGCGUUAGACCGAGUAAUGGUGGACCGAACCACAGUUGUGGUUGCUCAUCGGUUAUCAACAAUCAAGCGUGCAGAUUUGAUUGCAGUUGUGAAAAAUGGAGUCAUUGCAGAGAAAGGGAAGCAUGAAACUUUGAUCAAUAUCACGGAUGGCAUUUAUGCUUCUUUGGUAGCAUUACAUGCAACUGCCUCUUCUUAGAUAGCUUCAUGUUCUUGUCAGUUAAUGUAGCAAAAGUAGCUAGUGAAGGUAAAGCAACAU